AUGUUAGAAAAAAUAUUUUCUAAAUUUUUAGAGGAAUAUGAAGGAUUAGCUGUCCUUGUUCGAUUUGCUUAUUAUCUAAAAACUAUCGAACCAGAUAAAAGUAAACAAAAUUUAAAUUCGACUAUUAGUAAAGAAUUAUUAAAAAAAGUAUGGGGUAAUAUUGAAGCAUAUGAAUUUGUUAAACAAUCUAUUAAAGGAUUCAAUGAGCAGAUCAAGAAAAUUACGAAAGAAAGUAAUAAUGAACAACAAUCUUCACAAUAUCAACAAUCAUCACCAUCCAAUUCUAUUAAUGAUUAUCUUGAACAAGUCUUGAAUAAUGAAUUUAUUGAAUUACCUUUAGCUUCAUCAUCAAAUUCUUCGCAAAAUAAUCAUCAAACCAAUGAUAAUAUAUCCUUAUCCAAAGUUUCUAUUUAUAAUUCAAGAAUAAAAAAACGAAAUUAUCAAAGUAAUAAUAAUAAUAUCAAUGUCUCAUCAUCUGAAAAUGAUGAUUAUUUUCGUCCAAUGAUAAAUCAACCAAAUUAUAAAAUUAGUUCUUCACGAUCUCAUAAGCGUAGAAAAUCUGAUAAUCUGCAGUCUUCUAAUUACAGCACUUCGUCAUCUUUAUCACAUGAUAAUUCCUUAGUAACAAUUACGGAAACAAUUGAAAUGAUUUCAUCAACUUCACCACGUGAUAGUUCAUCAACUUCACCACGUGAUAGUUCAUCAACUUCACCACGUGAUAGUUCCUCAAUUCCAGAAAUAGUAGAAAUGGGUUCAUCAUCUUUUUCAUUGGAUAAUUCCUUAGUAGAAGUUCCGAAAACAACAGAAAUAAUUUCUAUUGAUGAAAAUAUUAUAUUAGUAAAUAGUGUUCUUGAAGAUUUGGCUGAGCCUUCAUGGAUUGAUAUUGCAACACGCAUUCAAACUCAUAAUGCUGCCGAGUGUUCCAAGCAAUGGAAAUAUUUGAUUAAUCAAUUAUAUAAUUAA